CCUGAAUCGCGAUAGUCAGAAUUCCUCCUUGCUACUCAUACCAAGAUGGUCACCUCUGAAGAUAUGGACAGGAGAAAGAAAUACUCAACUGUACCUCUGGGUCCCGAUAGAGCGGAGAUCCAGAUGAAGGGGCGCAUCCAGGAGAUUCUCAUUGCGUUUGCUGUCAUGACAUUGCCAUUGUUAAUCUUAUCCGGCCUUCUGCUCGGCUUGAUCUUUCAUUAUCGCAUCAAACAAAACGACUUUGCCUCCAAUGAUCUUGCAUUUGACAAGGACCAGAAUGACGCAAGCGUCUAUUUUGUCCGAAUAAGCGCAACCACACUCGCCCAAGUUGCCUCGUGGUCUAGCACUGUCGCCCCGAUGUUAGUUGGCUUUGGUUGCGCUCUGGUAUCCUAUCCUGUCGCUAAGGGUCUGUUGACGGCCUCGGAAAAACAGGAGGUGGCGAAGCUACCAACACCUUUCCAGCUCUCAUUGAUUGUCCGCAUGACUUCUAGCGGCUCUAUAUCUGCCCUUUGGAGCUGGUUAGGGUAUUCCUAUGGCUGGAGAGGAAAGCGCGAGCAUCAGGUGAGAGCGGUAAAGAGCCUAACCGCCGUGUUGGCCCUCGGCAUUCUCUGUGGCAAUCUUGUCAUAGUCACCGACACCUGGCUUCACUUCACUACCAAAACCGUCAGCUUUACACAACCGAACGCAAACCCCGACGCCUCAGGUCUUGGAUUCGGCGUGUACCAGAAUUGCACGAACGUAAAAAGCAAUCUCCUCACCUGUAACCUCAACAAACCUGCCUCGGGCUAUGUCCUACUUCAUCCCGACCCGAUGAAAGUUCUUUCCAACAUUUCAGAUUCAAUGACGACCCCGAUUUUCUCUGUUGGUCAAGAUCAGUACGCAUACAUCGCGAGCCCGCAAACAAAUCGCUUAUCGCUUCUCGACUAUACCGUUUCAACAUACGCCAUACACUCGCAAUGUACUCCCGUGACCUCCCAGUGCGCAAACGCCAAUGAUGUCUUCGGAGUUGGCACAACCUACAAGUGCCCAUUCGCGUUCCAAGGGACCGUCAACACAGCCGUAGGCGCGUCCAACUCGGUCACAAUGGCCUACUUUACAGACUCAACCGGCUCUAAUAACAACACCGAUAAUACCUUGGUUGACAACCCCUAUUACUACUCCGCCAUGAUCCUAGCGAAUAUGCGCAAUGCACGUCCGCUAGCCCUCCAGAACGACCCAGAGGUUCUGGCCGGUGAGCACGGCGGUGCUACCAUCGUGGCACUACGCUGCUCAUCUACCGUCUACGACGUCGAAUACUCUUCCGUCAAUGGCACCAUCAGGAACUGGAAGUCUAGCAACUCUAAUCAGUCCACAACGCUCAUCGUGCAAGGCACACAGCGCCACACCGACGUCGGGAACCCAAACCUCAUCCAGGCUGCUAGUGUCGCAGGGCUAAGCAACUCUGCACAAGAUAUCGCAGAUCAGUUUGCACUAGCAUAUAGUCAAACUGCCUUGGCUGUUGCGUCAGGCGCAUUCGAGCCACGAGUCGCUUUGGCGUCUCAAUUGCGAGAACAGAUUCUUGUUGCGCGCGUUCCAAAAGCUCCACUGUUUGCUCUCAUUGCCGCAAAUCUACUACUUGUGUUACUGGGUGUAAUACUCGCCAUAGUAGCUCUGAUAGCUGUUCGGGGUAAUACAGGGGAGGCACAGGCACGCCUGAGUAUUCCUACGUUGGUAGCGGCGCUGUUUGAAGUAGACAUGGCAAGGCCUGUGUCCGAAGUAGAGGAUAUGUUCGGGGAGAGGCAUGGCCAACAAGGACCGCGGAUUGGGAUUGGAAAGGCCGCGGAAGGGGGUUGGGUGUUUCAGAGCUGGCGUCCAAAUUGAUUGGUUUUGAGACUGCUACCUCUGCUACCUCUCAAUUUUACCACUUGCUAAAUGCCUUUCUUCCACUCGAACUUAGAAACCAUAUGAGAAAACUCAUAUCGGACUAAUCGCAUCUCUGCAUCUCCAUAGUCAGGUGUUCAGUUUAUACUCAUGGUGGCCUCGGG